AUGGCUUCACACAUCUCUUGGAUUUUUGCCUCACUGGCCGUAGCUGCUUGCCUAGCAUGGUUUGCAGGCGACGUCCACUCACCCAAAACGACCCCUUCCUCCAUAGAUCUCCUGACCCUCACGGCCCGGGAUGUCGCAGAGCUCCUCAACAACCAGACAUUCACCUCAUUACAAGUCACGCAGGAGUACCUGCGACAGAUCGAUCUGGAUGACAGGUCUGGGCUUGGGCUUCACACGAUGCUCGAGGUCACGCCUCGAGCUAUUGCUCUCCACAUCGCCAGCGAGAGAGACCAAGAGCGACGCAAAGGCAUCAUCCGCAGCCCACUACACGGGGUCCCUGUACUUCUGAAGGAACUCAACGGCUUCAACUCGGUGGUGAAACUCUUUCACCCUACGAUCUGGAACCCUUGCGGGUCGUCCGCUGGACCAGCCGGCGCCGUUGCAGCUGGGUUUGCACCUCUUGCCCUGGGGACUGAGACACAAGGAUCCAUCAGCUGUCCAGCAUCAUUUACGGCGCUGUAUGGAUUGAAGGUCUCCACAGGCCUUCUCUCACGGAGCGGAAUCCUCCCAUCCUCGACGACCUUCGACUCGCCUGGUAUCCUGGCGAAAUCGGCCUGGGACGUCGCCGCACUAUUGACUGAAAUUGUUGGCAUUGAUCCCGACGAUGCAGUUACGAGCGACUCAGAACCGUUUCUCAGAAACUUCACCGCUACCCUCGAUGCUGACUGGCAUGAUUUCCGAAUUGGCGUGGCCGACAGAGAAUGGUUCUGGUCUAUCCUUCCAGGCUUCGUCGGCGAGCAGGCCGACAUUGAUGACGAGAGAAGAAUGUUCUCAUUAGGCCUUGAGGCAGUCGCAGAAAUGGAACGACGAGGGGCAGCCAUCAUCCCGGAUGCCAAAAUUCGAAGCGCUCCCCUUUCUCUUGGUCAUGUCCAGAAGCUAAUGGGCAAAAUAAUACGACAUGAGAUGGGCCCAGGCUUUAUCAAGCACACAGCAUACCUAGAUGGCAUCCAAAUCAAAUCUCUGGAAGAUCUGGUUAAAUUCGUCCGUCAACAUCCCGAGCUCUCGUGUAGUAGAGCAGAGAAUGCAGCUCAAGGGUACCUCGAGUCAGCACUCAACCAGCAUCUAACAGACGAGGAAUAUCACGCCGCUCUACAAGAGACCAAAAAGAUCGCCAUCGAUGAAGGUAUCAUCGAAGCGCUUGACAAGUAUAACCUCGUCGCGCUUGCCCUGCCAGCAUGGACAAAGAUGAGCAUCUUUGCUGCGUGGGCCCAAGCACCUACCGCGACAGUACCACUUGGGAAAUAUCGGGGCGGUAAGCCUUACGGCUUAGGCUUUGUUGCACGCCGUUUCGAUGACGAAAAGCUGCUACAGAUUAUGAAGUUACACGAGGACACAUUUCCCCCAAGACUCGUUCCUGAAAGGUUGCGGUGGAGAAGAUGGGAAGGCAUACUACCUCGAAGCUAUCUUGGUGCACUAGCCUAG